AUGGAUCUAUUUCCUUUAAAGCAUCCAAGGAGGUGACUCACAAUUGCAGAUAAACUUAGCAUAGUUGACGAGUAUAAUGAUACAAACGCAACUUUAAGAGAUUUAGCUGAAAAAUACAAUAUUGCUCAUAGCACUAUUUCUAAGUGGGUUAAAAAGCGUGAUAAAAUGAUUGAAUUUGAGGAUCCAUUUGCUCGGAAAUUACGUAAUAGUAAUUUCAUAGAGCAAAAUUCUGAAACACUUCCAAUGAUAAUGAAACGGAGAACUUCAGAGAAAAAAUUGGUGAAAAAGUUGCUUAAAAGAAACACAAGCCUUACUGAAGAAAAUGAAAAAUUAAAAACACAAAAUGAAACUCUGAAAGAAAAAAUCAGUGAUUCGAAAGAAGAAAAAUCCAGAAAGCCAAAAAAAGAAGACAAAAAUGCCUUUUAUGUUUAUUUGCAAGACUUAACCAGUCGAAAAAAGGAGAAAAUAAAAAUCAAAGAUAAUGCUACAGUAGAAGAAUUAAAACGAAAAAUCUUUAAAAAAAUUCCAUCUGAAAGUGAAAGGCUUAUUUUUACUUUACAAGAGUUGAAUGAUAGUCAUAAACGGAUUUCGCAAUAUAAUGUCAAGAAUUUAAGCACAAUAAUGAUGAUUUAA